AUGGACGAAGAAGGUAUUAAUGAUGACUCGACCGAUGUGUGGACACUUAACAUAAUACAAAAGUAUGAAAAGCGUGAGGGUCUUGACGACAUUUGUUUGGCUGAUUUUGUAUCUUGUUAUACUAAGGAUAGAAGUAGUAUAAACACUUAUAAACGGCGAAGUAUCCCUCGAAUAGUGCGAUGGAGAAAAUAUAAAAAGACCGAAUUAAACGAUUUCAAGCGUGAAAUGGUUCUUUUGUUUCAACCAUUCCGGAAUGAAACUUGCGAUAUUCUCGAUCGCAACAACUUUAUUGAAUUGUAUGACCAAAAUGAGGCAUUCAUAUUGAAUAAACUGAAAGAAUAUGAUUGCAAUAUAAAUCUCGAGCAUAUCGUCGAAGAAUAUCUUCGUAUAAACGAAGAAAUUGAAUCUGACGAUCUACAAAAUGAAACCAACGAUAAACACAACGAAUUCGUUCGAGCUAUUGUCAUGGAGCCGAACGAUGAUGAUAUCGAACAGUUGCCCACUGGUGCUCUAUCAGCGGUUGUUAAGAAACGUACCAAUGUUAUGAGCAAGUUAGAGUAUUGCGCUAUGGUGAGAGCUACAAAUGUAGAACAACGUAAUUUGAUUCUACAUUUAAUUGAUAUCUUGCAUAGUUUCGACGGGAUGAACAUACCUUUGCAAAUAUUUUUCACUGGUCCUGCAGGAUGUGGUAAAACCUUCACACUUCGUAUUUUGAUGGAGACGUAUAAUCGUUUCAGUCAAUCCCAUAAUUCGCUAAAAUAUGCAUAUGUUGCUUGUGCCUCCACAGGAAAAGCAGCGGUAGCUAUUGGCGGCACUACAGUUCAUUCCGCUUUUCGUAUUACAAUGGCGCGUAGACAUAAUUCGAAACUUGGAUUUGAAACUCUUCAACUAUAUCGUAAUGCUUUCGCAGGAAUAAAAGCAAUCAUUAUUGAUGAAGUGAGUAUGAUAGGUGCAGAUGUACUUAAUACCAUUCAUUCUCGAUUGCAAGACAUCACUGGUAACUUUGAUGAUCCGUUUGGAGGAAUUCACAUUAUAUUUUGUGGUGAUCUUCGGCAAUUGCCACCUGUUAAUGCUCGACCAGUUUUCAAACCAUGUCGAAAUUCUUUUCAAGGGCCUGUACUAUGGCAAUCCUUAAAUUUCUUUCCAUUAGUGCAAGUUAUGCGUCAAACCGAUGUUGAAUUUUCCACCAUACUAACCAAAAUUGGUAAUGGCGAGGCCCUUACUAGCUCUGAAACUGAGCGGAUUGAGAGCCGAUUUCGAACAGUCGACUGGUGUAGACAAAAUGUACCGAACGCAAUACGUCUCUUUCAUCGUAAUAUAGACGUAGAAAAGUAUAAUACUGAAACAUUACGUGAUCGGGAGGGGCAUGAUUUCAUUGUGGACGAUGUUUUCACAGGUUACAGGAACGCUGAACAGCUAGCAAGCGCUCGUAGUAAACUUCAUAAAAUGAGCGUUGUGGAAACAGGUGGUUUACCAUAUUUAUUGCGAUUGACAAUCGGAAUGCCCUAUAUGAUCACCACCAACAUUGACGUUGAAGAUGGAAUGGUUAACGGUGCUAUAGGGGAACUCAAAUUUAUCGAACAUGGCGAAGAUGAUUCCGGUGAACAUAUUAGCCGACUUUGGAUGAAAUUCGAAAGUGAUGUUAUUGGUACCACUUUGAAAAUUAAAUCUCGUCCUUUAGUGUAUUCUAAACCAGGUCAACUGCAGUUUGGUUGGGUUCCUCUUACGAAGCGAUCAGCUAGCAUUAAGCUUGGUAGCAUCACUUGCAAACGUAUUCAAUUUCCGGUUGUUAGUGCAUGUGCACUUACAGUACACAAAUCGCAGGGAGGUACCUUCUCUGAAGUUGUAUUUGACUACGACAAAAGUCUAGAACAACAAUUGGUUUAUGUUGGGCUGUCGCGAGUCACAUCAAUGGAUGGUCUUUAUUUAACUAACUCGAAAAACAAUUUUAAAUUUAAUCAUUGUAAGAGUAGUAAUACACCCCGUAUUGUUGAGCUGAGAACAGAGCUAGAACGUCUAUCAAAUCAUCAGUUGCCGACGAUUAGUGGCGUAUUACUGGAUUUCAUUGAACAGGCAGAUCAUAGUUGUAGCCUAAUAAGUUUCAAUGUACAAAGCUUGAAUGCUCAUUCCUCAGACAUAUCAACUGAUAAUUUGCUUACCAAAGUUGACAUUUUAUCCAUCAGUGAAACUUGGUUGAACAAUUGUUCUGCUGUGGAUAUAAUCGGUUACAGUUGUAUCGCCGAAUCCAAGCGUCCCCAUUCUAGAGCUGGUGGUGUUGCAAUUUAUCAACGUACUACUGCAUCUACUAUGGCUAUUGUUCAUGAAAUUGAACAAGUCAGUGAAGAGCAUGACGAGAAUUUGUCCUUGGCGGAUAAUAACGGAGACAUUUGUGCAACGGAAGUUAUGCUAAAAGACCAAUACUUUGUUUGA